ACAAUUGCGUAAAUUCAUAGGAAUAGACAAUUGAAAAUGCAAGGCACAGUAGUGGCCGUGGUUAACCUUAAUGUUGAUGGUUUGUGUUGUGUGAAAUGUUCAGAAAUGUUAAAUGUUCUUCAAAAACAAAUAAUAAGGACGUAAACAGUGAUGAGAAGAAUGAAACUGGCGAUGUAAAGAAUAGUGACACAUCUCAAAAUACUAACCAAGGCUCCUCUCUUGACUCUGAUUACUCAGAAGAAAAUUGGGGAUAUGAUUUGUAUCCUGAGAGGAGAGGAAAGUAUCGACCCACACUGAGCAGUAUUUUACUCCGAGGGGAGGGAACAGAAAACAUCGACAAAGUGAAAUGCGAACGGAAUGUGUAUUCGUGUGUGAAGAACAGUCCUCUUGUGAAGCUCAUGCUUGGAGCACUAAAGAGUUCUGGAUGCCCAGUUGACAUCAGACGGCACAUAUCCUGUGAAGUAUGUGACAUUUCCGUUACAGGUGGCUAUGAUCCAGAACUAAACCAGAUUGUUGUCUGCCAAAAUGUUGCACUCAAAGAAGGGAUCGUUCAAGGCAUAUUGGCACAUGAAAUGAUACACAUGUUUGACUACUGCCGCAACAAACUCGACUUUAAAAACUUGGACCACCUUGCUUGUACGGAAGUGAGAGCAGCAAAUCUUACACAUUGCAGCUUUAUGAGUGCAUUCUAUCAGGGCGAUGCCUCACCUUUUAAUAUUAAGGAGCGGCAUCAGGAAUGUGUGAAGAGAAAGGCUGCACAUUCAAUUAUUGCUGUGCGUAAUGUGACAAUGGAAGAGGCUCGUGCAGCUGUGAAUCGUGUUUUCCCAAAGUGCUACGCUGAUCUCGAGCCAGUAGGGCGUCGUAUCCGACGUAAUUCAUACGAUAUGCAUCGUGCCUAUAUGGAAGGGCCUAUGUAUGGGUAUGAACUGUAGUACUAUGUGCUGGGUAGAGCUCUAUCAUGUGACCGUCAUAUUAUCUCCACAUUCUUUGAAGGGAACAACUGCAGUAGUGACUGAAUUGCUGGAAAGCAGUUAACUGUAUACAUUUUUUGUAAAUAUUUCCUUAAAAAUAAAGCAAUAAAAAUAUCCAA